AUGAAAGUUAGAUCGGGAGUAGUACAGGUUGAAGGGAAAGGAUCAGAUCGGAAAAAGACAAAAGAGUGGCAGCUUUCGUCCAGGGCUCGUUUGUUGCAUGAGAAACGUGUCAGCUGCCGUCGAUUGGACUCGGCGGCCAGUCGAGGUGCCGGUGGCCCCGUGCACUUGCCUCUCCGGACUGUCCCACACCUCGCACAAACGGGUCAGCCUCACUUCCUACGGCGGUAUCGUACCCUCUCUCUGGCGCCAAUGAGAAUAUGUAAAAGUAGGACUUCCAUAUAUUUCCGUUCUAUUGCAUCUAUGUGUGAACCACACUCUCGGCGAGUAACUGCUCUGGCAGAAACGCCUGUAUCUCACUGGUCCCCUUGCACGCGUCUGAGGCUCACGAAUAGAGACCUCAGGACAGUCUGCCUUCAACACGAAGCUGACACGGAAGAGCCGGUGACUCUUCCGGUGUAA